UGUAUGAGUGUAAUGCAGUCUGGGACUCAGAUGGUUAAACUGAAGAACGGAGCCAAAGGCCUUGUGCGUCUUUUCUACCUUGAUGAACACAGGACUUGCAUCAGAUGGAGGCCAUCUAGGAAGAGUGAAAAAGCAAAAAUUGUAAUUGAUUCCAUUUACAAAGUCACCGAAGGCCGGCAGUCAGAAAUCUUCCACCGCCAUGCUGAAGGCCACUUUGAUCCAAGCUGCUGCUUUACCAUUUAUCAUGGGAACCACAUGGAGUCUCUAGAUCUGAUCACCUCUAACCCAGAGGAAGCUCGGACCUGGAUCACUGGACUGAAGUACCUGAUGGCUGGGAUAAGUGAUGAAGACUCUCUUGCUAAAAGACAGCGGACUCAUGAUCAUUGGGUGAAGCAGACCUUUGAGGAAGCAGACAAGAAUGGUGACGGUUUGCUAAAUAUUGAAGAGAUCCAUCAGUUGAUGCAUAAGCUGAACGUCAGCCUACCCCGGCGAAAAGUAAGACAAAUGUUUCAGGAGGCUGACACAGAUGAGAACCAAGGAACGUUAACCUUUGAAGAAUUUUCCGUGUUUUACAAGAUGAUGUCAUUAAGACGCGACCUCUACUUGCUGCUUCUAAGCUACAGUGAUAAGAAAGAUCACCUCACCGUCGAGGAACUUGCUCAGUUUCUGAGGGUAGAGCAAAAGAUGAAUAAUGUGACGACGGAGUUUUGUCUGGACAUCAUAAGGAAGUUUGAAGUUUCAGAAGAAAACAAGAGUCAAAAUGUUCUGGGCAUAGAAGGUUUUACCAACUUCAUGCGUAGUCCUGCCUGUGAUGUGUUUAACCCACUACACAGCGAGGUGCAUCAGGAUAUGGAUCAGCCUCUUUGCAACUAUUACAUUGCUUCUUCUCACAACACAUAUCUAACUGGAGACCAGCUACUCUCUCAGUCUAAAGUUGAGAUGUAUGCUCGAGUCUUACAAGAUGGCUGCCGGUGUCUUGAAGUUGAUUGCUGGGACGGUCCAGAUGGAGAGCCCGUUGUGCACCACGGUUAUACUCUUACUUCCAAAAUCCUCUUUAAAGAUGUAGUGGAAGUGAUCAAUAAAAAUGCCUUUACAAAAAAUGAGUUUCCUAUUAUAUUGUCUAUUGAAAAUCACUGCAAUAUUCAACAGCAAAAGAAAAUUGCUCAGUACCUCAAGGAGAUUUUUGGUGACAAACUGGACUUGUCUUCUGUGAGCAUUGGGGAUUCCAAGCUGCUUCCAAGUCCUCAGAGUCUGAAAGGCAAAAUCCUAGUCAAGGGUAAAAAGCUCCCCUUUAGCCUUGGUGCAGAUGCUGAAGAAGGGGAAGUUUCUGAUGAAGACAGUGCUGAUGAAAUUGAAGAUGACUGCAAGUUAAAGGCUUUCUAUAGUAAUGGCACUACUGAAUACCAAAUGGAAUCUUUUAUAAGGAAGAAACUCGAAUCCUUGAUAAAGGAGUCUCAGAUUCGGGAUAAAGAAGAUCCUGACAGCUUCACUGUGAGGGCACUGUUAAAAGCAACCCAUGAGGGCCUAAAUGUAAACUUGAAACAGAAUUCAGAUAUGAAAGACACAAACAAGAAGUCACAUAGUAAACUAAUGAGCAACUUUGGUAAACAUAAGAAGGCAGUUAAACCAAGGUCCAAAUCUCAUAGCACAUCUGAUGAUGAGGAUUCUCAACAAAACUGCUCUGGAAGGGAAUCCGGACAGCUGUGCAGGCUGGGUCGGCGGAGAAAAACGAUGAAGCUGUGCCGCGAUCUUUCUGAUUUAGUGGUGUACACGAAUUCUGUGGCAGCUCAAGACAUUGUUGAUGAUGGUUCUUUUGGGAACGUGUUAUCCUUCAGCGAAACAAGAGCUCACCAGGUUCUGCAACAGAAAGUAGAGCAGUUUAUGCUUUAUAACCAGAAACAGCUCACCAGAAUCUAUCCAUCUGCAUAUCGAAUUGACUCCAGCAAUUUCAACCCUUUACCUUAUUGGAAUGCUGGCUGUCAACUGGUGGCGUUAAACUACCAGUCCGAUGGGCGCUUGAUGCAGUUGAACCAAGCCAAAUUCCGGAUGAAUGGCAACUGUGGAUACAUCCUGAAACCUCAACAGCUGUGCAAAGGUACAUUUAACCCAUACUCAGCAGAUCCACUUCCUGCUCUCCCUAAGAAGCAACUUAUACUUAAAAUUAUCAGUGGGCAGCAGCUACCGAAACCUCCUGAUUCCAUGUUAGGAGACAGAGGAGAGAUAAUUGAUCCAUUUGUUGAAGUGGAAAUUAUUGGGUUACCAGUUGACUGCUGCAAAGACCAGACCAGAGUGGUAGACGACAAUGGGUUUAAUCCUGUUUGGGAAGAAACUCUCACUUUUACCAUCCACAUGCCUGAAAUAGCAUUAGUUCGGUUUCUGGUUUGGGAUCAUGAUCCAAUUGGACGAGACUUUGUUGGACAAAGAACUGUGGCUUUCAGCAGCCUAUUGCCUGGCUAUCGUCAUGUUUACUUAGAGGGACUGACUGAAGCCUCUAUAUUUGUCCACAUAACAAUCAAUGACAUUUAUGGAAAGUGGAGCCCCUUAAUCCUCAACCCCAGUUAUACUAUAAUGCACUUUCUAGGAGCCACAAAGAGCAAGCAGCUGAUAGGACUCCGAGGGCUUUUUAACAAGAACCCCAAACACAAUUCAGUGGAAAAUGGUGGUCACUGUGUUCGGAAAAGAUCGAUUGGGGAACGAAUUCUCCGACGUACAGCCAGUGCCCCGGCAAAGGGCAGGAAGAAGACCAAAAUGGGCUUUCAGGAAGCCACCGAUGUUAAAGAGAGUGUAUCCGAUGCAAGAGAUUUAAAACACAGGGAUGGGGUUCUAAGACGCACCAGCAGGAGUUUGCAAGCACGUCCUGUAUCCAUGCCAGUUGACAAAUACCUUCUAAUGGGUUUACAGUCAGAGGAUCAAGAAACUGUUUCAGAUACGACUAAAGCUGAAAAUACUUCUGCAGAAAGUAAAAAUAAUACAAGUGAAGAUCAAAUGAAUGUAAAAGAAGCAGUCUCUUCAUGCUUUGAGAAAGUUUCAUCUUCUACAAAGUUUGCAUCUCCACUUAAGCAGGAUGCUCCCAAGACUGGUGACUGUGCCACUUCACCUUUAUUUGAAAAACCAGCUUGCCUAGACUUUGCAACUGGAAUAGCUGAAACCUAUUUCUCCACCGAGUAUUGGAAGAGUAAUAUUUCCGGUGAGACUGUUCAUCCAAAGGAGGAAAUUGUAAAGGAAAAAAAUGAAGACACACAUUGUAUGGCUCAAAAGACAUCGAAGGAGGCUGUAUUGUACAAAGAAGAGAGCAAGUCCACAGUAGGGAUUCCUGUUCCUCAAGGAGAGCAGGAAACUGAGAAAUCUCAUACAGUUGUGAAUAGUGCUUUAAGUAGUUUAACCAAUGCAUCUACAGUCAGUGACUUUCAUUCCACACAAGCCAUGCAAGAUGGUGACAUUUCAGGCCUCAUUAAUGAGGUCUCUUUGACUAAUGAGAGUGAUGUGGGUAGUUCUGUCUCAGCUCUGAUAGAACAGUUUGAUGUUACAAAUAGCCAAACUAAUUUAACAGCUGGUUCAAGUUCUCCAGGAACAAGCAAAAAGACUAGUAGUAUGAAGUCUGCACUUCUACCAUCUUUAUUACCAAGUGAUCCAAAUACAACUUUUGACCUCAAGGCUCCCAGCAGAACAUCCAACAUGCCAUCAUAUUUAACACCGGAAAUGACUGCGUUCCCCAGCCCAGAAACAACAGAAUGUUCUUUCUUUACAAUUAUCCAUGAGGCCUCACUUUCUCCGGCUUCCAACCAUGAAGCAGUGGGCAAGCUUUCCUGUAAGGACAAACCACACUGUGUAGAAGACACUUGUGCGGUGCUUUCUUGCAUUUCACCUGCUGGUGCACUAAAAGCAAACCCCAAAAGGAAAUGUGGGACAAACUGGGAAUCUAUUGGUAACAGCACCUCCUGCCUUUCCGACAGCUCAGAUUUGGAAGACACCAUAGCUGUCCCUUUCACAUGUGUGAAUUCUACAGGCAGUAGCCUAAUGGAAGUUGAUGGGGAACUACAAGAUCUCUUGAUAACUACAUAUGAAUAUAAGAGAGAAGAUAUGAGCCAACUUGCUUCUCCUUUGAAGCUCAAGUCUAACCAGGACAUUCUAACCUACAAAGAGAGACUUGGCCAAAAUAUAAACAACGAGGACCUCUACAGUGCUCAUGUAGGUAAAGAUUUCAAGUUUAGAAGUGAGAACAGUCAAUGUUUUCCUCCUUCAGAAUAUCAAAAUGUUGCUGUUAUGUACAAUAAUUAUUUGCAAUUGCCUGAUACACAAAAUGACUCCUUAGGCAUCUCUCAAAGACCUAACAUGGAAUCCAGUCCUACAUCCAGGAACUCUUUACCUUACACUCCUCCCACAGUGCAAAAGCAGCCAAGUCCUUGCAAAUCCAAGAGUCUUGGAGACUUAACCUCAGAAGACAUAUCCUGUAAUUUUGAAAGUAAGUACAAGUACAUCAGUAGAGGUUUUAUUACAUCUGGCAUGAGAGAUAAGAUGAUGGCAGCUCUGAAGGCAAAGAGACCACAGUCUUCGGAUUCUCUGACUGAACAAUUGCGAAAACUACUGUCUUUUGACCAGGAAGAUGUUUGCCAGUCAUUUUGUUCUAAGCAGAAUGAUGAUUGCCCUAAAAUGUUGGUCCGAAAACUGUCAUCUAGGAGUCAGAGCAGAGUGCGUAACAUUGCUAGUCGUGCCAAGGAAAGGCAAGAAGCCAACAAGCAAAAACUUUCCAAUGCUAGCAACAAUAUAACGGGGGUAGUACUUAGAAAUAAGCCCUCUGUAUCUCCGCACAUGAUCAACAGGCAUUCCACUGGCUCUUACAUAGCAAGCUAUCUGAACAACUUCAGUGCAGAAGAUCUGGAAGGCCGAGGUGUCCCCGAAGGCGCAUGUACAUCUGUGCGCUAUGGGUACAAUGACCGAUUUUAUACAGAUGACUCUCUUCUGGAAACCAAGCCAAGUGAUGAUGAUAAACCAGAAAUUUAUUUCCUUCUGAGACUGUAA